AUGAUACCAACUUGUAUAAGAGCUCCUCGGUCCAUUCAGGGCUCUACUGACGAUGUUACGCGCCAGACUCGAUCUAUUAUACAGAUCUACACGGACUGGGCAAACCAUUACCUGGAACGUGCACGUUCACGGCGACGGGCGGGAACGUCAGGCGGCGGGUUAGCGCGCGACUGCGCCGACGGUCUCCUGCUUGCAGACGUGCUGGAAGGCGUAACUGGUCAGAAGGUGCCGAGGGCGCAUCGCAAGCCACGCAACCCGCAACAAAUGGUGAGUCCGCAUCAACAUUUUACACCAUAA